UGUGUUCAUUCACUGUCAACAUGGCGGGUGGGUUCAGAGGAUCUCGGAGCAGAACUCGGAUUUCUUGUGGCCGCUACCGGUUCGUCUUCUACCUCGCUGGAUUUGUGGUGUCGAUGCAGCUUCUAGUGGCGUGGAGUUUCUUCAAUUUUGGAAACAGUGAUGAGAGCGAUCCCAGGAAACGGGAUGUGUCCGGGUCGAGAAUUGACACCGAUGAAGUUUUGAAGGGAGAAAGAACUCCACAAGACAAAAACAGAAAUCAUCCAACUUUACAAAAUAACAAACUUUUAGUUGUCCAGAAUCAAGUGAAUGAACAUAGAAAUAAUUUUCCUGGUUCCCAUGACAACGGAGUAAGACAAUUUAACCAGGAUGAUAGGACUAACCGGUUAAAUGAAGUAAAUAAAAAUGUUUAUAAUAAUAUUAAUAAUAACCGGCAGGUGGUAAAUAAUGGACAAAAUAAUAUUUUGCAUCAAGAUCAAUUGGUAAACCAGGAAACAAAUCAAGUUGGAGUUAUGGAUUUUAGUCCGAAAUGUGCAAUCAAUGGAAAAGACACUUUGUCUGCUUUGCAUCGAGCAAAGACGUCAGUAUGUAAGCAGAAAAUAGUGGAUACUUACUGUGAAGUAGAAGAUGGGAUCGUCUACCCUCAGAUGCUGCCAAGAUAUUGCCCAUUGCCAGGUAAACCUGCGCUACAAGUAGAAAUGGUUGGAGAAGAUUUCAAUCCUGCUGUUGAUAAACCAGUCAGAAUUGUUUAUAUCCUGAUCGUUAAUGGUCGUGCCUUUAGACAAAUUAGAAGAUUAUUCAAAGUUCUGUAUCAUAUUGAUCAUUAUUUCUACAUACAUGUGGAUGCGAGGUCUGAUUAUCUGCAUAGAGAAUUGAGUCAGAUGGCCCAGUGGUAUCCGAAUGUUCGACUCACGCCAUGGAGGAUGUCUACUAUAUGGGGUGGCGCAAGUCUAUUACAAAUGUUAUUAAAAUGUAUGCAAGACUUAUUAAAUAUGACUGAUUGGUACUGGGAUUUCUUUAUUAAUAUCAGUGAAUCUGAUUUCCCAAUUAAAACCAAUGAUCAGCUAGUUUCCUUUUUAUCCAUGAAUAGAAACUAUAAUUUCCUGAAAUCUCAUGGCCGAGAUGACACCAAGUUCAUUCGCAAACAAGGCUUAGAUAGAACAUUUUUAGAGUGCGACAAUCACAUGUGGAGACUGGGUGACAGAAAACUGCCGAAAGGUAUUACAAUAGACGGCGGUUCUGAUUGGCUUGGUUUGAAUCGACAAUUCUGUGAAUAUCUCAUAACAUCAGAUGAUGAUUUGAUCACUGGACUCAAAAUUUUCUAUAAAUAUACCCUGCUGCCCGCUGAGUCAUUCUUCCACACAGUUCUUGAAAACAGCGAGUUAUGCCAGACAAUGGUUGAUAACAACCUGCGAGUUACAAACUGGAAGCGUAAACUGGGAUGCCAGUGUCAGUAUAAACACAUUGUGGACUGGUGUGGGUGUUCACCAAAUGUCUUCAAACCAGAAGAUCUUCCAAAAAUUAAGACUGCCAGACCAACUUUUUUCGCCAGGAAAUUUGAGCCAUCAAUCAACCAGGAGGUGAUCAAUAGACUUGACGGUUGGCUUUACGGUGACUAUCCUAUAUCCACCAUAGGAUUGGAGUUGUAUUGGCAGAGUAUAUUUCACAUGGACGAUGAUAUAUCCAUACCAUCGGAUGCAUUCUGGACCGCUUAUCAGUCCUUCAUUAGAAUAUCAUCAGAGAGUUUUCGUACGUCUUUGCAAGCCAUUGAGUACAACGAGGGAUGUAUGUACGCUUUUAAUAUGGCACCCGUAGAAGUGAAUAUGUUUAUGCGAGCCGACGACUUCCGAGGAUUGAUGAUUACUUAUGAAGGGAUGUCGCGAAGUGGUCGUAAAGACUGGUUAGAGUCGUGGCUGUUACCGCAGAGAUAUUAUAAUAUCAUUGAACCGUUGGGACCUGCUGGUAGAAUUCGAUCAAUCAAGGUUGGAACACAGUAUGAUUUGAAGGAAAGAGUGUUUCGUAAUGUCGGAAACAUAAUGGGCCCAUACGAUGAUCCUCGCAUAUUGCUGCAAAUUGACCAAGGAACCCAAGCUACUAUAACGUGUAUGUGGGUCGACCCGAUUGAUCAAAUUGCAGAUGUCAAUGAUAUCAACCUGGAAGCCGAUUCCGAAAUAGGAUACUACAAGACUGAAAUGCACAAACCGCUGAGGCCUGGAGAGUGGACUAUCAAACUGUAUCAUAACCAUCGCGUGAUUGCCGAAACCAAGUUCAUCAUAAUACCACUGUAUGUGAGAAAUCUUCAGCCCGUUACGCUGACAGAUGUUAUUGAAAUGCACAACGGCCCGCCAAAUGGAGUCUAUGCAGCUAGCGAAAAAACGUUUCUUGAUCUUCAAUCGCCGAAAGAUUCCCAAUCCCCAGCUGCUGAGCUAGCAUCGUUGAAUGCAAAGAAAACAGGAUUUGAGCUAAGCCAAUGGAUUGAUGGACUUCUUAUGAAGUACUGGAAGGUACACGAAACAUGUGUAACCAUUCCGAAAAGGAGUAUUGACAUGACUCCUUCGUGUUCUAAAGUACAACAAUGUCAUGAGACUAAAUGGAGCACAAGAUCACCUGACCCCAAAUCAGAACUUGGACCGAUUAAAAGCAAUGGCAGAAUCAGGUAG